GUACAACCGUUAAACAGACGCUUAUUAAUUUUCACACCCGCAUUCCGGGAACUGUUUUACAACCGAUUAGAGAGUAAAAGCGGGACUUGCUGUAAAGCAGGCGGGAAGAAGUAGCGGCUUUAAUACACGUGUGUGUGAGAGAGAGAGAGAGAGUGUGUGUGUGUAAGAGUGUGUGUGUAUCUGAGUUUAAACAUGAACACAGAGACAGUCAGCAGGGAUUUGAACAGAAAAGCUGAGAUGCUGCAGCGGAAGUAUCUGGAGAGGAGAAUGCGGGUUUCUGCUCCAGAGGAAGCACGAGUGAGUGAAGACUGUGGACGAAACAUGGAAAAGUCUGCAGAGAUCUCCCAAGCCGUGGUCAGGACGCUGUCAGAUGGAGAAGAAGUGAAAACAUCACAGCAAGAGAUGAAGAAGUACAGCCAAGCACUCCAGGAGCUUUUCCAUGCUGUUUCAGAUCCACCUGAACGGCUGAUCCGUGAUGAGAGUGUUCUGAGCAGUGAAGACGUCCUCACUGACCUGACAGAUGCUCUGCGGAGAACCGAGGUCCUGUGUACAGAGACAGACAUGACUUUGCCCUCUAAUCUAGUCUACCCUUCCAGUUCGUUUGAGACGGAGCCAGUGAGGUUCAGCAGAUGGACUGGGCCGAGGAGUCCGGCCCACAUCGAACAAGUCCACCAAGAGAUGAUCCAGAUUUAUGAAAAACUGCAGGUGCGAGCAGCCUCACUGUGUGAGCGUGAACAUGAGCUCCAGUGGAGAGAGAAGCUUCUCCUGAAGCAACAGAGCACCAUAACCAGACUUAUGAGUGUAGAGGAGGACGUCCUGGAUCGAAUCAAUGUCCUGCAGCAGAGACACCAGCAGGAGGUGGAGAGUCUGAGAGCUGCACUGAGAGAAAAAAACAAAGAGAACAAAAGGAUGAAGUCAAGUUUGGAUUCCAUGAAGGAGCUGAACAUCAGCUUGAAGAAACAGCUGAGUGAAUUGAGUGAGCAGAACGGCCGGUUGGAGAUCCAGUCACAGAGAACUCAGGCUCGACUGGAAAACCUGCAGAGAAAGCAAGAGCACUCACACAGAGGGCGGGAAAACAUUAUGCCAAAGCCACGGGAUCCUAAACCAUCCACUCAGGAUAAAGCUCUUUCUGUAAACAAGAGCUCCUCCAGUUCCUCAGCGCUGAAGCUCCUGCACUGUGUGAUGGAGUGGAUGGUGGACGGGCCGUAUUUUCCCUCACAAGACCUUAAAACACAGAGCGAAGUUGAAUCGUAUGGGGUUCCACCUACUUCCCUGCAGGAACGCUGUGCCAAGGUUCUUCCUGUUGUGCUCGAGCAGUUCCAGCAGGCCGAGACGUUUCUUCAUUUACCGCUCUUGCGCUUCAUCUACUGUUCCCUCACACAGCUGGAGAACAGCUCACAGCAUCUCCUUUUGACCUCAACGUUGAGGAGAUUAGGAGAGGAAGUGAACCGAAAAUCUCCUCCACUCUUCAGGAGCUCGUGCCCUCACACUCGCUUUCUGUCCUCCAUCAUCAUCCUCAAAACUCUCAGCCAGGCGGACGUUUUGGCACAGGCCCUCUGCGUUUUGCACGGCAUUGUGGGAGAGGACGAGGGGCGUGGCCUAUUCCUGAAGUACAAGGCCCUGACCACCAUUUUAGCCGUUUUGAGGACAGGAAGUCCAGGACUGCUCGCUGCAGCGCUGGAGAUCCUGCUGCAGAUGAGCGCAGAGUCACCUCAUCUUUCUGCUUUCCUGGAAGUGUGCAGCACAGAUCAGUUCUUCUGCUGCGCUGCUGUGCUUCUCCGAAACCCUCGACUGGACCUCACCAUCGCCGAGAAGCUCAGCGUUCUCCUCCAGAAACUGUCCUUCAUCAGAAAGAAUCGGCGUCUGUUUGAAGCUUCUUCUCUUCACCUGCUGUUACAGGAAACACUGCGCUUGUCUGAUGCGUCUCGAGCAUUCCUCAACAUCAACCUGAGCUCCGCCCUCUUUAAUCUGGGUGUGGCCUCACGCUCUGGACACGCCCACAACCUCGUUUAAAGUUGUGUAUUAAUUGAUCAGCUGUGUGUGUGUGUGUGUGUGUGUGUGUGUGUGUGUGUGUGUGUGUGUACACUUGUGGUUUUGAAAUUAAUUCAAUGUAAUUGUGAGUAAAUAAAGUCUCAGUUGUGGAAUUGGUGGUUACAGAAUUAAACAUCUGAGGAGUUUGUGGAGUUGGGAGGGACGCUGUGAGGAACGUGUUGGAGGACACGGAGGGACGCUGUGAGGAACGUGUUGGAGGACACGGAGGGACGCUGUGAGGAACGUGUUGGAGGACACGGAGGGACGCUGUGAGGAAUGUGAUGGAGGACACGGAGGACGCUGUGAGGAAUGUGAUGGAGGACACGGAGGGACCCUGUGAGGAACGUGAUGGAGGGACACUGUGAGGAACGUCAUGGAGGGACACUGUAAGGAACGUGAUGGAGGACACGGAGGGACGCUGUAAGGAACGUGAUGGAGGACACGGAGGGACGCUGUGAGGAACGUGAUGGAGGACACGGAGAGACGCUGUGAGGAACGUGAUGGAGGACACGGAGGGGCGCUGUGAGGAACGUGAUGAAGGGCGCUGUGAGGAACGUGAUGGAGGACACGGAGGGGCGCUGUGAGGAACGUGAUGAAGGGCGCUGUGAGGAACGUGAUGGAGGACACGGAGGGACGCUGUGAGGAACGUGAUGAAGGGACGCUGUGAGGAACGUGAUGGAGGACACGGAGGGACGCUGUGAGGAACGUGAUGAAGGGACGCUGUGAGGAACGUGAUGGAGGACAUGGAGGGAUGCUGUGUUCAUUAAGUCACAUUAAGUUCUAGCUUUAAUGUCAUUAAAAGUGUAAAGGCUUUGAUUUGACUGUAGUGACACCAGGACACCCAGUGUGAUGGACCUGAACCUUCUACAGAACGUUUAACUAGAUUUAUCAUGGAGAGCAUUUUCCUUAUCCAUUAUCUUAAUCACUUUUCUCAAAGUGAGAACUAUCAAACUAAACUGAGAAGAUCUGCAAAACAGAUUUAAACCAACAGGAAGAGUCACUUUCCAGUCAGUGUGUGUGUGUGUGUGUGUGUGUGUGUGUGUGUGUGUGUGUGUGUGUGUGUGUGUGUGUGUGUGUGUGUGUGUGUGUGUGUGUGUGUGUGUGUGUGUGUGUGUGUGUGAACUACUCACUAACCCUAGUUAACGAUUUCUUUGUAUGAUUUUUUUCUUCAGAAUGAUCUUUGGCUGUAAUUCCAUCUGCAGGUCUUCUGGGAGACAUCUCUCUCAACUCUGCACAUCUGGAUCCUGAUGUUUCCUGCCUGUUCUUCUUGGCUAAAUUGCUAAAGAUCUGGAGUACAGAGCUCACUGGAAAACAGCUAGUCUCAGAUUCACAGGCAGAUUGAGUUCCAGACUCGGUCCAUCUCACCCUCAACCCUGAAGCAUUCCCCAGACCAUGAACAAUGUCCUCACAGCGUCUCCACAAUGUCCUCACAGCGUCUCCACAAUGUCCUCACAGCGUCUCCACAAUGUCUUCACAGCGUCUCCACAAUGUCUUCACAGCGUCUCCACAAUGUCUUCACAGUGUCUCCACAAUGUCUUCACAGUGUCUCCACAAUGUCCUCACAGCGUCUCCACAAUGUCUUUACAGUGUCUCCACUGUGGACUCGCGGUUUCCUUAGUGUUGUUACACCGUCUUCACAAUGUCCUAACUGUGUCCUCGUGUUGAGGAGCAGUUUUGGGUUUCAGCCAAAUGUUCUGUUAAAUGCUAAGUUUAGAAAUAUGAUCUCCUCAAACCAGAAACAACAGAAGACGACUUCUCACCACUUUCCUUUGAGGUCCACCUUGGUGGAGAAUUUAGAUCAUUGUAAUUAUCUGUAAAUCUUCUCAGCUUCUUCAGAGUCUCUGUCCUCUCAGUUGCUUCUGACUCAACUGAACUUCUCCUUCACAUGGUGAAGUAAUCAUGCCAUGAUCUUCUCACUUUUUUAAUAUUAAAAUUUGUGGUGUUUCAUGA